UCUCUAAGAAUCUAUCUGUUUAUCUUCCCUUCCCUUGCAAUUCUAUUUCUCAUAAGCCAUGGAAAUUCAAAAUGAGCAAUAUGAUGAUCAGAAGAAUUCUUUCGAGGUGCAGAAAGAGGGAACAGGGAAAGAUAAAUCUCUAGACGAAUGGCUUCCCAUAUCUAGUAAGAGGAGUGGAAAAUGGUGGUACUCAACCUUCCACAAUGUCACUGCCAUGGUUGGUGCUGGUGUCCUCAGCCUUCCCUAUGCCAUGGCCCAGCUUGGAUGGGGUCCUGGUGUGGUUAUCCUUGUACUAUCAUGGGUAAUCACUCUUUUCACACUAUGGCAAAUGGUUGAGAUGCAUGAGAUGGUUCCAGGGAAAAGGUUUGAUAGGUACCAUGAGUUGGGUCAGCAUGCUUUUGGUGAAAAACUUGGGCUUUGGAUUGUGGUACCUCAGCAAUUGAUUUGUGAAAUUGGAGUGGAUAUUGUGUACAUGGUGACAGGAGGGACAUCACUACAGAAAUUCCAUGAUACUGUCAGACCUGGAAAACAUAUCAAGCUCACCUACUUUAUCAUGAUUUUUGCUUCUUGUCACUUUGUUCUUGCUUUCCUUCCAAAUUUCAACUCCAUCACUAUUAUUUCUCUAGCUGCUGCUGUCAUGUCCUUGAGCUAUUCUACAAUUGCUUGGACAGCAACAAUUGCCAAGGGGGUUCAACAAAAUGUGCAAUAUGGGUAUCCAGCAACAACCACAGCAGGAACUGUGUUUGACUUCAUGGGUGCCCUUGGUAAUGUUGCUUUUGCUUAUGCUGGACACAAUGUGGCAUUGGAAAUCCAAGCAACAAUUCCUUCUACACCUGACAGACCUUCUAAGAUACCUAUGUGGAGGGGUGUGCUUUUGGCCUAUAUGGUUGUUGCCAUAUGUUACUUCCCGGUCGCGCUCAUCGGUUACUGGAUGUUCGGCAAUUCGGUGUCGGCUAACAUUCUUAUCUCACUAAACAAACCCGCAUGGUUGAUUGCUAUGGCUAACAUGUUUGUGGUCAUCCAUGUUAUAGGGAGUUACCAGAUUUUUGCCAUGCCAGUGUAUGACAUGAUAGAAACUACAUUGGUGAAGAAGUUUCAUUUCAAGCCUUGUUUUCGACUUCGAUUCUUUUCAAGGACCACAUAUGUUGCAUUGACUAUGUUCAUUGGUAUGACCUUCCCUUUCUUUGGUUCACUUCUUGGAUUCUUUGGAGGAUUUGCUUUUGCCCCAACAACAUACUAUCUUCCUUGCAUCAUGUGGCUUGCCUUAUACAAGCCCAAAAAAUUCAGUUUAUCUUGGAUUCUAAAUUGGUUCUGCAUAAUAGUAGGCAUUCUGUUGACGAUCUUAGCACCCAUCGGUGCGCUAAGGCAGAUUAUUAUUGAAGCCAGUACCUACACAUUUUACUCGUAGAUGAGAUGAUCAAGAGAAAGAAGAAGAUUUGUUGUUAGUAGAUAAAUCAGAAAAGAUGAAGAUGAAG